AUGGCAGCCACCAGCAACAGCGGCGCGGCCGCCGCGACACCCAACAACGCGGCGGAGGAGACGACGGCGAAGGCGGCGCACAAGAGGUACGAAGGGCUGAUGAUGGUGAGGAAUAAGGCGGUAAAGGGGAAAGGGGCUUGGUAUUGGGCUCACCUGGAGCCCAUGUUGGUUCACAACGCCGACACCGGACUCCCUAAAGCCGUCAAGCUCCGGUGUUCCCUCUGCGACGCCGUCUUCUCCGCCUCCAACCCUUCCCGCACCGCCUCCGAGCACCUCAAGCGCGGCACCUGCCCCAAUUUCAACUCCUCCCUUCCCAAACCCAUCUCCUCUGUCUCUCCCACCGCCGCUCUGCCGUCCCCUGGCGGCGCCUCCACCGCGGCCACGUCGUACCAGCUCAGCCCCAGCCCGCUAACCGUCGUGGAUCCGUCCAGGUUCACCGGCGAAUCCGCCGUCAUGCCACAUCAUCAUCAUCACCAACACCACCACCAGCCGCAUUUGAUGCUGUCCGGCGGAAAAGACGAUUUGGGUCCGCUUGCAAUGUUGGAAGACAGCGUAAAGAAGCUGAAGAGUCCCAAGACUUCUCCAGGUCCAGCUCUGAGCAAAACCCAAAUCGACUCCGCCGUCGAACAUUUGGCCGAUUGGGUGUACGAAUCGUGCGGCGCUGUUUCGUUCUCCAGCCUGGAGCACCCAAAGUUCCGAGCUUUUCUGCACCAGGUCGGGCUCCCGGCGGUCUCCAGGCGCGAUUUCGCCGGUGGGAGGCUGGACAUCAAGUACGAGGAAGCCAGAGCAGAGUCCGAGGCUAGGAUUCGAGAAGCGAUGUUCUUCCAGAUUGCCUCCGACGGCUGGAAGAGGGUGGACCCCAAUUUGGUCAAUUUGACCGUCAAUUUGCCCAACGGAACGAGUCUCUACCGCCGCGCCGUGUUUGUUACAGGCUCGUCGCCGUCAAGCUACGCAGAGGAUGUUCUGUGGGAGACAGUGAGAGGAAUCUGCGGGAAUGUCGGUCAACAGUGCGCUGGAAUUGUGGCGGACAGAUUCAAGACGAAAGCAUUGAGGAGUCUGGAGAAUCAGCAUCACUGGAUGGUCAAUCUAAGCUGCCAGCUUCAAGGGUUUACGAGCUUGAUCAAGCAUUUCGCCAGAGAGCUUCCCCUGUUCAAAUUGGUCGCGGAGAAUUGCGUAAAGGUAGCAACUUUCGUCAACAGUCAACAGCAAAUCAGGACCACCUUCCACAAGUACCAACUGCAGGAGUAUGGUUAUUCAGGAUUGCUCAGAGUUCCCUUGCCUGGGUCUAAACAUAUCGAUUUCGCCUCUGUUUUCUCGAUGCUCGAUGAUAUACUCUGUUCCUCCAGGGCAUUGCAGUUAGUCCUUUUGGAUGAAUGUUACAAAUUGGUGUUAUCCAUGGAGGAGCCGGAAGCUAGAGAAGUGGCCGAAUUGAUUGGAGAUGUCGGUUUUUGGAACGAAUUAGAGGCGGUCCAUUCUUUGAUCAAGCUGAUCAAAGACAUGGCUGGUGAGAUUGAGGCAGAGAGGCCACUAGUUGGACAAUGCUUGCCGCUGUGGGAAGAGCUGAGGGCCAAAGUGAAGCAAUGGUGUGACAAAUUCAGCAUUUCUGAGGUUGAACCGGUAGAGAAAGUGAUCGAGAACCGGUUCAGGAAGAAUUACCACCCAGCCUGGGCGGCUGCAUACAUACUCGAUCCUCUCUACUUGCUAAGGGACUCGAGCGGGAAGUACCUUCCGCCGUUCAAGUACUUGACGCCCGAGCAAGAGAAGGACGUCGACAAGCUCAUAACCCGGCUCGUCUCGAGGGAGGAAGCUCACAUUGCAUUGAUGGAGUUGAUGAAGUGGAGGACCGAAGGGCUCGACCCGGUUUAUGCACGAGCAGUUCAAAUGAAGGAUCGCGAUCCGGUUAGUGGGAAGAUGAGGCUUGCUAACCCUCAAAGCAGUAGGCUUGUUUGGGAGACUUAUUUGACUGAGUUCAAGUCGUUAGGGAAAGUUGCGGUUAGGCUGAUUUUCCUUCAUGCCACGGCUUGUGGGUUUAAGUGCAAUUGGUCAUUGUUGAGAUGGAUUUGUAGUAGCCAUGGCAGUCAGUCAAGAGCAGCAAUGGAGAAGGCAGAGAAGCUGGUGUUCGUUGCAGCUCAUUCCAAGUUAGAAAGGCGCGAUUUUUCGGCCGAUGAAGAUAAAGAUGCAGAGCUUUUUGCCAUGGGGAGUGCAGAGGAUGAUGUGCUGAAUGAUGUUCUUGUUGAUACUUCCUCAGUGUAA